AUGGCGCUUCUCAAAAGGAAAAUACAUCAGCGUAUGCUGUUCUUUGCUGUUUUUCUUCCAAUAUCAGGUGUCUUUUGCUUCAGUGAGUUGUUUUUCAUCAAAGAGCCCCACGAUGUGACGGUUAUGCGCAAAGAAGCCGUCAUUCUAGACUGUCAGGCGCACGGAGAGACGCCCAUCGACGUCCGAUGGCUGAGAAAUGGAGCCAAAGUGUCAGUGAACGAGCGGGUUUACCUGCUCUCCAACAGCUCCCUUUACAUUUCCGAAGUGGAGACCAGACGAGGAGAUAAAUCAGACGAAGGCUUCUAUCAGUGCCUUGCCCAAAAUAAGUACGGGGCCAUUCUUAGCCAAAGGGCCCGGCUGACAAUCGCAACUAUUUCAUCAUUUACAAGUCAUCCAACUUCCAUCGUGGUAACUGAAGGCUCGGUCGCCAGAUUUUCCUGCAAAAUAAAUGCACACCCUCCUCCAAUCAUCACUUGGGAGUUCAAUCGGGUUACGUUACCCCUCGCUACUGAAAGAAUUACAGUGCUGCCCAGUGGCGUGCUUCAGAUCCAUGGUGUGCAGCUGGCAGACGGUGGCAAUUACCGAUGUGUCGCCACCAACAUCGCGAAUCGGCGCCGUAGCUCGGAGGCCAAGCUCACCGUCAUCUCUGCUCCUAUCCCCCGGCUUCCCCAGAGGCCACACAUCAUAGCUGGGCCACAGAACAUCUCCGUGUCGGUGCAUCAGAGCGCCACUCUGGAGUGUAUGGCCACUGGCAACCCCCGGCCAAUUGUUUCUUGGAGUCGAGCCGACAGCAAAUCUAUUGACGUCUACCACACCAAAGUGCUGGGAAAUGGCAACCUUGUCAUCACAGACAUCAAGCCCCAGCACACUGGAGUCUACGUAUGCAGGGCCACUACACCCGGGACGCGAAACUUCACUGUCGCAGCAGCCAACGUUACUGUACUCGCACCGCCCUCCUUAGUUGAGUGGCCGGAGAGCCUUACGCGUCCGCGUGCUGGCACGGCUCGCUUUGUGUGCCAAGCUGAGGGUUUUCCUAGUCCACAGAUCACCUGGCUUAAAAACGGAGAGAGCAUUCACUCCAAUGGUCGAAUCAAGAUGUACAGCAGCAAACUGGUCAUUAACCAGAUCAUUCCUGAGGACGACGCUAUCUAUCAGUGUCAGGCUGAGAACGAGCAGGGCUCCGUGUUGGCCAUGGCGAGGCUCAUCGUGGUCAUGUCGGAGGAUCGCCCCAGCGCGCCGAGGAAUAUCCGAGCGGACACUGUGUCGAGCUCUGCCAUCCUGCUGGCUUGGGACAGGCCGCUCUACAACUCUGAUAAAGUUAUUGCUUAUUCUGUGCACUACAUGAAGGCUGAGGGAUUAAACAACGAGGAGUACCAGGUUGUUAUUGGAAAUGAUACGACCCGCUAUAUUAUUGAUGACCUGGAACCAGCUCGGAACUACACGUUUUACGUGGUGGCCUAUAUGCCCAUGGGAGCCAGUCGCAUGUCUGACCACAUGUUCCAGCACACACUCGAGGAUGUUCCCCUUCGUGCCCCCGAGCUCAGCCUCACUAGCCGCAGCCCCACCGACAUCCAGGUGUCGUGGCAACCUCUCCCUGACAAGCUGAGCCGCGGCCGAGUCGCUGCCUAUCGUUUGUCGCAUCGAGCCAGCGCUGAGAGCACGGUCUUUCAGAUCGAGCUUCCAGGAGAAAAGACACAGCACCUCCUAGAAAACCUGCAGCCUGACACUAUCUACCUUUUGCGGAUCGCUGCCUCCACCAGUGUUGGCUGGGGAGAGCAGUCGGCGUGGACCUCUCACCGCACCCCCAAGGCAUCCAGCGCCCAAGUUCCUCUUUCUCCUGAGCUGCAUUUGGAGCCCUUGAACUGCACCACAAUUUCAGUGCGCUGGCGAUUGGUGCAGAGAAAUUCAGCCAGCGUGCAAGGCUACAAACUCUUCUACCAUGAGGAGAGCCAGUCUGAGAGCGCCCCGCUUCGGUUGCGUGCUUCGGAUCACUCGUACACCAUUGGAGGUCUUGACCCAAGGAAGAAGUACCAUGUGAAACUUCUGGCUUACAACUUUAUUGGAGAUGGUUACCAGGCAGAUCAAACUAUCAGCACCCCUGGAUGUGUCUCUGUCCGGGAUCGCCUGGUGCCACCUCCUCCACCUCCCCACAACAUGUAUGCAAAAACCAACAGUUCGUCUUCCAUCUUUCUUCACUGGGGGCGACCAGCUUUCACCUCCAGCCACGCAGUCAACUACACCAUCCGCUGUAACCCUGUUGGCCUGCAGAAUGCCUCCCUGGUGCUCUACCUGCAGACGAAUGAGCAAAGCCUUUUAGUAAGAGAUCUGCAGCCUAACACCAAGUAUGAAUUUGCUAUCCGACUUCAUAUUGACCUGCUAUCCAGCCCCUGGAGCCCUGUGGUCUACCAGAGCACUUUCCCUGAGGCUCCCACACUGCCUCCCACCAACAUCAAGGUGACACUGAUCGAGGAGGACACAGCCCUGGUGUCAUGGAAGCCCCCGGAGGAAUCCAAACUAUCUGUUACACACUACACAAUCCUGUAUGCCUCCAGAAAUGAAUGGCUCACCGGGGAAUGGAAGGUGGUACAAAGAGAAGGAAGCAUCACUAUGGCGCUGCUGGAGAAUCUGAAACCCGGCCAAUUCUACCUGGUGAAAGUGUCUGCCUCCAACAACAUGGGCGACGGGCCCUUUUCGCACAUGGUGGAGCUGACGGUGCGAGCGGAUCCCUCCUCUGGUCAUGGCCCUCGGCUCUCGCAUGACUCUGCACGGCCCAACGUCUUUUCCGAUGGCUUCUACCACCUGGACCAAACAUCAAUGACGGGCAUCACAGUGGGGGUCUCUAUCGCACUUAUGUGUAUCAUUAUCUGUGCUUUCAUCAUAGUGUGCAGAGGCAAACACAGGAAACCGUCAGCUGUUAAACUACACGGAGAAGGAAGGAGCCCACUCGCCUCUGCUGCCGGACGCCAAGGUUCAGAAAGCUUGCCUGAGGACGCCCAAGUGAGCGUGGCCACGAUGAGCACAAAUCAUUUCAUCGAUAGCAAGGGUGGAACAAAUCUCAUCAUCAAUUCUCUCGGUCCAGUUCAGACAUGUGCUGAGAAGAAAAACAAGUGGUUUUCCUUCAGUAGCCAUGGUGAAAAGAGUGUUCAACAGGUGCAGAAGACGAGGAACUUGACGGCCUCUUACCAGCCCGGCUCCACUGUGCUAACAUACGAAGCUGAGCGGUCGGUUCCCACGGAACCACCCGCCUCCCUGCAGGCUCUGCUGGGGCGUCCCGGAGAUUCGGAGGGCUCCUCCGGCAGCGAGGGCAGCCACGCUACUGCCGACUCUGGUCGCUUCUCACAAGAUGAGACGGAGAUGACCAACCUAUCAUCCAGUUCAAGCAGUCGACAGCCGUCUGUGUCGGCAGAGGAAGGAAGCGGUGACCGGGGUGUGGAGGAAUCAUGUCGGCCAGAUUGUCAGACGGAUUUGAGGUUGGUGGAGUCUGUCGAGGAGCCCUGCUCUCAUCAGGACGUCCAAAGUGCUCAGCCUUUGCUGUCAGUGUGUGAGGUUGUGUGA